UUUCAUAAAACACAAUCUAUGAUGGGGAAAGUGAAAAUAUGUGUGCUGUGCAUAACCUCGGUAGUGAUAGUUGCCCUUUAUUGGGGGAAGAGUAAAAUAAGCAACAGAUAUGCGGUGAACAACAAAGAUUCUGGAAAAGUUACAGAUAGGACCAACCAAGGGACCAACCUUCCAGAUGGGACGUAUUUUUCCAGUGUUCGGCAAUUUCCCGAUGACACAUCUUUUGCUGCUCUUUUACCGUACGAGGUCCCAGGACGGACAUGUUCUCACGACAAAUGUAAACAAAAAAGACAUAUUAUUUUCUUGAAAGUUCAUAAGUGCGGUUCUACCACUGUCUAUUCAAUCUUAGAUCGUGCGGCAGCGAAAUAUGGGUUGGCUGUUUUAAAGCCACUGCCAGGAAGACCCAGUUUUUACCCGAGUAAAGAUCUGAACUACCCGCACCUUCAUGUAAGGAAGCCAACUUUCGCAGAUGCCGCAUACAGUCCUAACAAAACAUAUGAUAUGAUGAUUCAUCACAUGGUUUUUGAUGCUAAAGUUGUAAACGCCAUGAUGCCGAAGGAUUCAUUUCGCAUAGGAAUUGUCCGUGAACCAUUUUCUCAAUUUAAGAGUGCCUUUAACUUUAUGUCAAUGAAAAGCAAAUUUAAUAUUACAUCCUCGAAUAGUCUGCUAGCAUUUUUCCAAAACCCGUAUAAAUAUUGGAAUAUGUACAUUCGCCGAAGUUAUAAUAGCUUUAUAAGAAAUGGGAUGAUGUACGAGUUUGGAUUUCCAGAUGACGACAUGAAAAUCAGAAACAACGAAACUUUUAUCGAACAAUACAUUAAUUACAUAGAUAAACAAUUUGAUUUUAUCAUUGUGAAUGAACUCUUUGAUGAAAGUUUGAUUUUGCUUGGUAGAAAGUUAUGCUGGAAGGUACACGAUUUUCUGUAUGUAAAGCGAAAUGCUGGUAAGUACACUCCUGAAUUUAAGACUGAAGACGACCCAUGGAUCAUUCAACAACACAAAGCAUGGAGUAAAGCUGACUAUCACUUGUACGACUACUUUUUGACCAAAAUGAAAAAGACAAUUGCUUCUCAAGGUAAAGACUUUUAUGACGAGCUUGCAAGUUUUAAAAAUGCUUUGAAAUGGGUGAAAAGAUGUGGGUUUGAAAAUGCGAUAGAUUCAUGUCAACGAAAUGUCAGUGGAACUUACGUUGCACUGCAGUGUGUAAAAUUUGGCCGUUCAAAUAAACAGAACUAGUCAAGUUUUACCGAUCACUCGAAUGAAAAAACGAAAUCUUCACUAAUUUAAUAUAUGGUGCCUGUCACAGAAACCAUUAUCGUAGCUUGAUCAUUGCUAGGCAAAUUCUGUUUGUCCAGAUAAGAUCUACAUUCGAUCAAAAAGUUUGGAAAUAGGAUAUCGUUUUUCAAAAAUUAAAAACUAUGUAAUGUAGUGGGGAAAAUCUUUGGUACAUAUUAAAAAUAAACGAAUGGUAGGUGCAUUAUCCAUCAAUAUUUGGUUAAAUAUUUACCUUAGCUGA